UGCAGUUUGAACAAGAAGCGGGCCUGGUGGAUUCAAGGCUGAUCCAGGGCUGUGAUGAGCGAGAAACAAAAAAGUUAAAAGACAACACUCAGAAGUCAAGGGCAUGGGUUAAAAGCGUAUUUUCGGUUAGUGUCACUAAUUUCAGACCUUUGUAUUCAUCGUACAGUAGAGCUUAGUUUUGAGAACCGUAUCCUGCUAAUCUUGAAUGACGGAUAUCUACGUUUUCUCCGGUUACUUGAAUCCCUAAAACACCCCUUUGUCCUCUGGCCGACGUUUAUCUCUCUAAUACGGUUAUAACACUUAUUUUGGAAAUGAAGCCAUUAAAGCCGGUAUACCUGAAGACAUACGGUAAGCAGACUCGAAAACUGUCUGCCUGGAUUUCACCAGAGAACCGUAAGCAGGCCUUCGAGAGCACCCUGUCAACAGACGGGGACGUGUCCGUGUUUGAACCAUCACGAGAGAGGAUGUGUAGUGUUGCCAAACGCAGAGUGGUGCGCCCACCUAGAAAGAAGGCCAUACUGUGUCUGACCAGCGGUGAUGAGGAGAAUAUGCCGUCUCAUUCCUGUCCACAGCCUAAGAACAAGACAACCAGAGCAAAGAAGACAAGUGUUCCCAGAGGGAGAGCAGCCCGUCUUGCCAAAGCAAAAGCCAUGGCAUGUCUGACAGAGACCAGCAGUGAUGAGGAGAACAGCUACGGGCCCUCUCCUCAUGGUCCUAAGCCAGCUCAGCAGAGCAAGAUGACCAGGAAAAGCAGAGUUACAAUGAAGCAAACAGGACAGAAAGUCUCACUUUCCAACGAGAGUGAGGGAUCCACUACAAAAUGUCAAGUCAAUUCACCUCAAAUGAAGAGCGACUCAAAUGUUUGUGCUCCCUCUGCUAGCCGCUUUGUAACUCGCCGCAGACGGCCUGUUACUGCCAAACCUAAAGUCCCUCUAGCAACAUCCAGUAUACUCAACUCCUCUGAUGACUUUGCCUCUAGAGCAUUUGGUUCGUGCAUGAUUUCUCAGUCUUCAAGGAGGAAGAGCAGGAGGAGGAUCCCCCCAGCAUUUCUGGUGUCAAGUGCGGAGAACUCAAUGAAUGCUACAGGAACUGUCAGCUUUGCCACUGUCCCCUUCCGAGAGAUCUCCCUUAAUGAGUCAGCAGAUCGCAGCCUGGGACCCGGCUCCAGGAGACCAAUCUUCUGCUCAACACCCUCAGCAGGCCCCUUAAGCAAACGGCAAUGCCUUAAACCCCUAACCAUCAUUGAUCAGUGCUCCCCUUCUGCAUCAGUGUCAGUAAGCUGCAUAGAUGUCAUGAGUGCAUUCCAGAAAGAGCUGUGUUCCCCAGGACAACCCACACCCCCUCAAUGUUCUGCACCACCCAUUGGGCUUCACUCAAAAGCAAAGCUGCAUUCAAGCCUUGGGGCGCCAGAACCUUCUAGUGAUUUAUUUAUGGAGCCCACGGUAAGUGGCUCUAGAGAAGAAUCCAAAAGCAGCAGCGAAGACACAAAUAUCAAGAAUGAUAGAGAAUUACUACAGAGUCUGAAUCUGCUCUCUACCGAUGGCAGUGAACUUAGCAGUUGUUUUGUGUCGGCAGCAGGAGGAUUAGAGUGGCUGAUAGAGGCUCUGAAGGAGCACUGUUUGACCGAUCGCUGCACAGUGCAGCUGGAGAGAUUGGACUUACUCACUAUGACUCAGCUCUGCAGUCAAACAACCUACUCCUCCUGUUUGGAACAGUCAAGCUCAGUCCACCGAACAAAUGAACACCCACCCUCUGAGCACAGCCUUCAGACUUCAUGUGAUCAUGCAUCUAAUGAAACCAGGGAUUAUUUACAUUCAGCGGAAAGUUUUGAGUCUCCUGAACAUGCAGCUCCAGUGACUGAAAGUCACAGCACCAACAGCUCAUCAUUAGCGGACUGUAUGCCGUCAGUUGAAAACUCAUCCUCAAAGGAAGACAGCACAGAGCAGCCAGCAUCAAACCAGCACACAGACAGCAGUGUUGAGUUUAUAAUGGGCACACAGCUACUACCAAACAGCCCUGUGCAAACAUUGUUUUCUGAAGAGGAGGCUGCAGCAGUGAAAGACAAAUGUCCUACGAAGAAAUGCACAGUUGUCCUCCAGAAAUCUGCCUUGUCACCAGUGAUUGUUCAGCAACUCAAAGAGCUCAUGCAGCCUCAAGAUGCACAUUUGGCUUUUGAUGAGAAAUCUUCUAAAACAGACGCUAACACCUCUGAAAAUUACCCUGAAGGUGUUACAUGUUCAGAAGAGGUCACUGAGACGAUGAUGGCAUCUGUUAUGCAGUCAGGUAACAGCAGCAGUACUGAAGCCCAGAUAAAGUCUAAUGAUACUGAAAGAGAGGAAAGGGCAGCUGUGUACAAAGCACUGCUGAAGGAGAAAUGUCUAACAGAUAUAGUCACUGUUCAGAUGAAGAGAUUAACUUUAACACAGCUGAAAGAAAUCCGUAAGCUUAAAGGCACAAUACUUAAAUCAGCAGCAGAUGUGUCAGGCUCAGCCAGUGACGACCAGACAAAGACAGAGCAGCAGUCUGAGAGUGACAUUAAUCACAGUAAUGAAGACACUUCAGCAAUGAGAGUGAGAAAAAACGACUCCAAUACUUCAGAAGACAGGAUUGUUUCAGACAGAGAGGAAGCUGCUCCCCAUAAAAGAAAAAAGGCAUCACAUGCUGCUAAAGAAAAGAAAAGGAGGAGCACGUCUGCCGACCGGCCUGGGACAACCAGGAAGGCGUGUGUCAGCGGCCUGAGUGUGAGUCGUUGGAAAAGCAAAGACAGCACACACAUGUGCAGGAGCAGCAAAGCCAUAGACUGCAGCAUCAACGAGCUGAUCUCCACACAACCCAAACAGCCAAAGGAACUGAUGGGGACUAUGAAUUUCUCCACCCCUGCGAGAGCAAAUCGGCACAACCUCUCGUCCCUGUUGGCUGACUUGACACCCAACACGCAAACCUGGAGCCGACUCAAAGCUGCCCUCUCUGUUCAUCGCAGGGGCAUGGUGCUACUCACUCCGAGGAGUCUUCGCCUCUCCAUGUCAAGCACUCCUGGAAGAACAGAGCUGGCAGAUGUCAGCCAGGAUCUCUUUGCUACACCCUUUCGGACACCGCGCUCCAAACGCCCGCAGCCGCAGCUGCUGAGCUGCAGUUCUCUGGCUGUACGUGAGGAGGAAGAUCUGCCGGAUGCAGAGAAGGUGUAUGCCGAGUGUGGACAGUCGCGCCCUCUGCCCUGGGAGGAGUGUAUCCUCCCUCAGCGUAUGAAGAAGUGUGUGAAGAUCGGAGAGGGGACCUUUGGCGAGGUCUUCUCCACCACCAAUUCUGCAGGAGACACUGUGGCACUCAAAAUAAUUCCACUAGAGGGCAGUGAGAAGGUGAACGGAGAAGAUCAGAAGACGUUUGGAGAGAUUCUUCAUGAGAUUAUCAUCUCAAAGGAGCUGAGCAGCCUGAAAGAGAAGCGGCAGAAUCAGACUCAUGGAUUUAUCGGACUCAACAAUCUCCACUGUGUGCAAGGCUGCUACCCUCCAGACUUCCUGAAAGCCUGGGACACCUUUGACCAGAAGAAAGGCUCAGAGAACGACCGACCAGAUUUCUUUGAAACGGAUCAGCUGUUUAUUAUCCUGGAGUUUGAGUUUGGAGGCAGCGACCUUGAGAACAGUAAUGGGACGCUGGCAUCGUUGGUGGUGGCGAAGAGCAUCCUUCAUCAGGUCACUGCUGCAUUGGCUGUUGCUGAGCAGGAGCUCAACUUUGAGCAUAGGGACCUCCAUUGGGGCAAUGUGCUUGUAAAAACCACCAAGCAGAAGGCAGGAAGCUUCCUCCUGAAUGGAACAGUCCACUCUUUGGAAACCAGAGGGGUGCUGGUUCGCAUCAUCGACUACUCGCUCUCCAGGCUAGAAAUCGAUGAUCUGACCGUGUCCUGUGAUAUCUCCAAUGAUGAGGAGCUUUUCAUGGGUCAGGGAGAUUACCAGUUUGACAUCUACAGAUUGAUGAGACAGGAGAAUGGAAACGACUGGAGUACCUACCAUCCCCAUACCAAUGUGCUGUGGCUCCACUACCUGUGCUCCAAGCUGCUCUCUCUGAAGUAUCGGGGCUCAGGAGGGAGGGGGGCCAAGGACACGAGAGAGGAGCUCAAUCGUUUCUAUGACAACGUCCUCCAGUACAGCUCUGCCACCGAGGCGCUGCAAAAGUGCCCCAUGUUUCAGUAACAUGUAAACACAUCAUAUGUGAGGAUGCUCAUAUACAGACUGCUUUUUGAUCUUUAGAAAGAAGAGGGUCAUCUUCAUCUGUCCUUCAUCCACGACGACCUCAGUCAAGUAGAGACCGUUAGCAGGGACGGGAGGUCACUUAAUGUACACAACAAACAGAACAGUCAUUAAAUGGCCUUUUGAAAAUCAUG